UCUCUUGUUCGGCCCAAAACCUCAAUAAAUAUAAAGUCUGCUCACUUUUCUUGUUCAAAGGGAAAACUGAGCGAUUAACGAUAAAAAAUCGAAGAGUUUGACAGUGAACUUGAUGGAAUCUGCACCGGCAAAGUGUAGUUUAUUGAGCCCUGAAGCUGAUAUUCAGAGAACACAGUAUCCAUAUGUGACGGGGACAUCAGUUAUCGGCAUCAAGUACAAGGAUGGUGUUCUGUUGGCUGCUGAUAUGGGAGGUUCCUAUGGUUCAACGUUGCGUUACAAGAGUGUGGAGCGAUUGAAGUCAGUGGGAAAACACUCCUUUCUUGGUGCAAGUGGUGAAAUUAGUGAUUUUCAGGAGAUAUUGCGGAACCUUGACGAGCUUAUCAGCUUGUAUGACAACAUGUGGGAUGAUGGAAACUCCUUGGGUCCCAAAGAAGUGCAUAAUUAUCUAACUCGCAUGAUGUAUAAUCGAAGGAACAAGUUCAACCCACUAUGGAAUUCCCUUGUACUUGGUGGGGUGAAAAAUGGGCAGAAGUAUCUUGGAACGGUUAGUAUGAUUGGUGUCCAUUAUGAGGACAAUCACCUGGCAACUGGAUUUGGAAAUCACCUCGCAAAGCCCAUUAUCCGUGAUGAAUGGCGUGAAGACAUGAGCUAUGAAGAAGGUGUUAAGUUAUUGGAGAAAUGUAUGCGUGUUCUUCUCUAUAGGGAUAGAUCUGCAGUCAACAAGCUUCAGAUUGCAAAAAUCACGGAAGAGGGAGUGACAAUUUCUCAGCCAUACUCAUUAAAGACUUUCUGGAAUUUCUCUGCUUUCCAGAAUCCAACUGCUGGUGCGGUGGGGUCUUGGUAACUAGCCCCUGUAUUGUCAAGGUUCGAGGCAUGUUGCUGAUAUCAAAACUCAAAUGUGCUGCAUAGUUAUGGUGGCGAUAUUGAUCGUCUUUAUGUUGAUCUUUUAUGCAACUUAAAAGAUAAGCCACACGAUGCAGCACGUCCCAAAUGUUCGCUUUCAUGUACACUGUUACCUUUGCAGAUUUAUUUGGUAUGCUAUUGUUGUCAUCGGUUAAACAAGCUUUUGUGUUCGCCCUUUUGUUGUGUUGCUAGGUAAGUACACGGCAUAUGCUCCUUAUCCCGUGUAUGGAUAUUUGAACUUUGAUAGUUGGCACUGAAAUCCUUAUUGCUUUCAUUUCUUCAA